AUGGGGAUUCAAGACGUGAGUUGGCUUCAGCACAGAGUGGUGAGAGUCCCAUCUGUGCCGGAACUGGAGGCUGAGGAGAGAACCUCGUCCCCUUUCCCAGAACUGGAACAGCACUGCCCACCGCCACGGAAAACCUCAAGGCGUCAAUACUUGAAGAAAAUCAUUGCUGAAUAUGAGGCUCUUGACAUGGAAAUGCCUUGUAUACGGAAGUUCCCCAGGCCUCCACCUGCCCGCCCCCUUUGCCUCUGUAUGGAGAUUCCGCCUGAAAAGGAGAUGACCCACGCCGAGGUCCUUGCGGCUGUUGAGGUGGCCAUUCCCGAUGCCUUUGAGGCGGGCCUCUUGCGCAGCAUCCAGUUCGAGAACACCAAUGUGAUCUGUGGGACAGCUGGACGGAAGAACAGGUGGCUGCUCAAUGUGUCAGAUUUCCGGACCCGGAACCAGCUCCUCCAAACAGACUUGAUGGUGGAACAAGACCACUUCCCGCUGAGACGCUGGGACGACCUGGUGAUGGAGGACUAUCGUAUGCACCUCCGAAGGGCACUGGCGCGCCAGCGCCUUCUGGACACUCUCAGCGACUCCUGGGAGGCAACCAAUUUGGACGGACUAUCCUGCGGCUGCAUGGCAGACGACAACGAAACCCAGUCGCCUUUCCCCUCUCGAAUGACGGUGGUGUGCCCACAGGAGAAACUGGCAAAACUCCGGCAGGCUCUCACCAAAUGCUCGCCCACACCUCUUGCUUUCCUUCAGGACCCGUAA